AAGAGGUCCCCAAAAAGAAAACGUCUCCUCACAGGGGCCGCCACGUCAAGUGCGUCGAACUCGAAGAGCACUUUCAAGUCUCCCGUGGAAGCAUCACACACUUUCGGGAUGGACAGAACGGCCUCCCACCUGGAGAAGUCCAAAAACUUCCGCAUCGAGGCACUCCUGGCUCACCGUGUGGACCAGAGGCCGGCGAUCGGCGAUGGCGCUUCCCCGCAGGCGGCCAGCACCGGGAGCCCGGUCCACAGCCCGCGGUCCGAGACGCCCUCCCCUCGGCCCGCCGACGCCACCCAGGCCCGGCCGGCGAUGACGCCCGACGCCGCCGGCUACAACUUCUCCCAGGCGGGGUUCGGCGCCGUGCACGUCGCGGGCUUCCUCGGGAUGCACCCGAGGUCCGUGUACCCCUUGGCGGCUGUCGGCGCCCAGCCGCCCGCCUUCGCGUAUCCCGGCUUCCCGCAGCUGGUCCAGCCGUACCCGGGUCACUUGACGGCGAGCGGCGUGGGCGGGGUGCACCCGCUGGAGCCCUGGAUCAGAGCCGGGAUGAUGAUGUUCCCGAGACUCGGUGACUAUGGAGCGCCACCUCAAGCCGGUUUGUUGGGGAAGUGUCGGAAGCCCAGGACAGCGUUCACCAGCCAGCAGCUGUUGGAACUCGAAAACCAGUUCAAGGUCAACAAGUACCUUUCCAGACCCAAACGUUUUGAGGUGGCCACCUCACUCAUGCUGACUGAGACCCAGGUUAAAAUUUGGUUCCAGAACAGGCGAAUGAAGUGGAAGCGAAGCCGUAAAGCGAAGGAGCACGCGAACCCGACGUCCCCGCUGAGCGACUGCGAAAGGGCCGACAGUGUCCAGCUCCAGGUGGACUCUCCGAGCUCCAGCCUGGAGGAUGAAGAGGAGCUCGAAGGCGAGGAAGAGGAUGAGGAUCCAAGUGUGCUGCCGGGUUCUCUGGGCUCCCUCUUGAGGCGUGCCGGAGGAGUCACGGAGAACUACCGGUCUUAUUUGGAAGAGGAACUGGAGGAGGGAAGUUCAAGAAGUGGGGUUUUCCCAUAGUUGUGACAUGUGUUUUCAUUGUUUGUGUUUGUGUAUUGCUCCGGAGAGGCCAAUGGACAAUGUAGCAGGUGCGCAGAUUUGAUUCCUCUCAAGUCAGUCGUUGAAAUGUUGUGUCAAACCGCAAUGAAUCUUUCCACGUAGCGUUAA